AUGAAUGUUACCAGCAUUGAGGUCGCUGACGCUAAAACGGGGUGGCUUUCUCUAUCAUGGCCUUGCAUCGAGCCGGUGCACUUUAAACAGAAGGAUGGGUACAACUGCGGAAUUCUCAUUUGUCUCUUUGUUGGAUGUUUGUGCGAAGAGUCCUCCGUAGAUGUAGCUUUCGACAUAGCAACCGAACGUGCACUAAUAACGUCUAUGGUGUUUGGCUGUUGUUACAAUGACAUCCACGAGAGAAACAUCAACGUCUGCAUAGUGUGCCAGGACGACGAUGGAGAAGAUUGGCUGGAAUGCGACAGUUGUGGCCAGUACUCCCCAUAAGUUGCAUCAAAGUGGAUUUCUCAGACUCUCUCUAGCCACCGGUACUUUGUCUGCCCUUGUUAAUUUCACAACAUCGUUGCGGAUUAGUGACGUAAAUUGAUAGUGGAGAAUAUUCUUCCCAGUGUGGGACUGGCUUAAGACUAAGCUAAGCUGUAUACAAUUCCUGAAAUUCCCGUUAUUUCACGAAUUAUUUGACGCUUAAGUGUUGACAAGUUUUUCGUAUUACGUAAGUAAAACAUUGACUCAACACUCCAAGGAAAAUCUCUCUUAAAAUUUACAGAUUCGAAGUUACCGUCCAAAAUUCAAACGUUACAGUUAGGUUUAUUGGCACAUUGAUAGCCUUGUAAAUAGCCCAAACAUACUGAAAACAUUUUCAUCAGUUUUUUUUAUAUCUUUAUCCUUUCUUCAGUGCGAUCUUACGCAUUACGGGUGUAAGAUCGUGGA